CUCCUCCUCCUCCUCCAAAUGGAGAGAGCUCUUUUUCUCCUCUUCUAUUGAAAGUCAGAGUUGGCCGUGACGCGCGGCCCAAGGGAAGAGAGUACGCACAUCUCCGCACAAUGCUGCAAGCAUCCAGCCUUCUGUCGUGUGGGAAUCAUCGCUCCUUUUAAGAGACACUAACACUGUGCUUUUUUGGUUGUUUUUCUACCUUCCUCCUCCUCCUCUUCCUCCUCCUCGGUGAAUGCGGUGCAAAGGCGGCGGAGACCUCCGGAUCACGCAAUGUUGGGAUGGACGGCGCACACUAUUUUGACUCGCCCUCUCCAAGCGGACUAUGAGGUCCCCCCUCCGAGUGAAACUUUGUCGGAUUCCGCCGCCGUCGUCGCCGUCUUUCGGGGAGACACACUCGAGUGGGAAUCGCUGAGCAGCGCACAGUCCCCGCAACAUGGCCUCGGCUGCUAGUGCGCCCCCCGAGCCGGGGACAGGAGAGUCCGGCCGGCCGAGGCUAACGCGGAGGACCCGGGGGAGCUCCAGCCGCGACCCACCGCCGCCUCCUCCGCCGCAGCCGCCGGAUUUGGACUACCUGCAGCGGCCGAGCUACUGCGACGCGGGCUUCGCUUUGGAACAGAUCUCCCAGGGGAAAGCGACUGGGAGGAAAGCGCCGCUAUGGCUGAGAGCAAAGUUCCAGAGACUUUUAUUCAGGCUGGGCUGUUAUAUACAAAAGAACUGUGGAAAGUUUUUAGUGGUGGGCCUCAUGAUUUUCGGAGCUUUCGCGGUGGGCUUACGAGCGGCUAAUUUGGAGACGGACGUGGAGAAACUUUGGGUGGAAGUGGGCGGGCGUGUGAACCAGGAACUGAAGUACACGCGUCAGAAGAUCGGCGAAGAGGCUAUGUUUAACCCGCAGCUCAUGAUCCAGACACCACGGGAGGAGGGAGCCAGCGUUUUGACGGUGAACGCACUGUUGCAGCACCUGGAGUCAGCCAUGCGAGCCAGCAGAGUUCAUGUCUACCUUUAUAACCGGCAAUGGAAAUUAGAACACUUAUGCUACAAAUCAGGAGAACUAGUCACAGAAACACAUUUUAUGGAUCAGAUCAUAGAAAAGCUUCAUCCUUGUCUCAUCAUCACACCUCUUGACUGUUUCUGGGAAGGAGCCAAGCUUCAUUCUGGGAUGGUCUAUCUUCCAGGUAAAGACCCUCUGCAGUGGACCAACUUUGACCCCAAAGAGUUCCUUGACGACUUACGACGGGACCACUUCCCGGUGGACACCUUUGAAGAGAUGUUGGAAAAAGCCAACGUCGGACACGGCUACAUGGAUCGCCCCUGUCUGAACCCCGCCGACCCCGACUGCCCCCUCUCUGCACCCAACAAGAACUCCACCAAGGCGUUGGAUGUGGCGUGGACCCUGAGCGGCGGCUGCUAUGGGCUGUCCAGGAAGUACAUGCACUGGCAGGAGGAACUGAUUGUAGGCGGGACCACCAAGAACGGCAGCGGACCCCUGCUCAGCGCCCAGGCCUUACAGACUAUGUUCCAACUGAUGACUCCCAAGCAGAUGUUCGAGCACUUUCGGGGCUACGAGGAGGUUUCCCACAUCAACUGGAAUGAGGAGAAGGCUGCAGCUAUACUGGAAGCAUGGCAGAGGAGAUAUUCGGAGGCUGUGUUGCAGAGUGUGGCGGCCAACUCAUCCCAGAAGGUCUUGUCUUUCACCACCACCACACUGGAGGACAUUCUCAAGUCCUUCUCGGACAUUAGCGUCAUCCGUGUGGCCAGCGGUUACUUACUGAUGCUGGCCUACGCAUGUCUGACCAUGCUGCGGUGGGACUGUGCCAAAUCUCAGGGGGCUGUAGGGUUGGCGGGCGUACUGCUGGUGACACUGUCAGUGGCGGCAGGUUUGGGACUCUGCUCUCUCUUGGGCAUAUCCUUCAAUGCGGCCACCACACAGGUCUUGCCAUUUUUGGCUCUGGGCGUUGGCGUGGACGACGUCUUCCUCCUCGCGCAUGCCUUUAGCGAGACGGGACAGAACAAGAGGAUCCCUUUCGAGGACCGCACGGGCGAGUGUUUGAAGAGGACAGGGGCCAGCGUGGCACUCACUUCCAUCAGCAACGUCACUGCGUUCUUCAUGGCAGCCCUCAUUCCCAUCCCCGCGCUGCGAGCCUUCUCUUUGCAGGCUGCAGUGGUUGUGGUGUUUAACUUCGCCAUGGUCCUGCUCAUCUUUCCCGCCAUCCUUAGCAUGGAUCUUUACCGACGAGAAGACAGGCGCUUCGACAUUUUCUGUUGCUUCUACAGCCCAUGCGCCAACCGUGUGAUCCAGAUCGAGCCUCAGGCGUACCUGGAUGGAUCAGACGGGAGUCACUACAGCCCCCCACCGUCCUACUGCACGGCCCCGCCCUCAUACUGCACACCUCCCCCCGGCUACAGCAGCCCGCCGCCCUCCUACAGCAGCCACGGCUUCGCCCAGCAGACCCAGAUCACCAUGCAGUCCACCGUGCAACUCAGGACGGAGUACGACCCCCGCACGCAGGCUUUCUACACCACAGCAGAGCCCAGAUCGCAGAUCUCCGUGCAGCCCAUCAACCCGCCUCGUAGCAGGAGCAACCCUCAUAAUGACUAUUACAACAACAACAACAACAAUAAUAAUAGCGGCAGGCGGAGUCAUGUUGCAUCUCGUUACCAUCAUUCCGGGGCUGCACCACAGGAUUCUGCUUCAGGAAAUAGCCAGGUCCCAGAGAAUAACAGCUCAACACGGGACCUGCUCUCUCAAUUCGGAGAGACCUCGCUGGGCAUAAGAUGCAUAGAGCCUCCCUGCACUCGCUGGACCCUGGCUUCUUUUGCCGAGAAGCACUAUGCUCCUUUCCUUCUGCAGUCCACCACUAAGGUGGUGGUGAUCGUGCUCUUCCUCUGCUUGCUGGGAGUCAGUCUGUACGGGACCACCCAAGUGAGGGACGGCCUGGAGCUGACGGACAUUGUGCCCCGAGAAACCAGCGAAUAUGAUUUCAUCGGUGCCCAGUUCAAGUUCUUCUCCUUCUACAACAUGUACGUGGUGACGCAGCGAGCCGAUUAUGCUCAGAACCAGCCCCUGCUGCACCAGCUGCACCAGAGGUUUCGUACUAUCCGCUACGUGCUCAAGGAGGACAACGGACAGCUGCCCCCCAUGUGGCUUCACUACUUCAGGGACUGGCUGCUCGGUCUGCAGCAGGCAUUCGACAAGGACUGGGAGGCCGGUCGCAUCACUCUCAACAGCUAUAAGAACGGCUCUGACGAUGGAGUCCUGGCUUAUAAGCUUCUGGUGCAGACAGGACGUAGAGACAAGCCCAUAAACUUCAACCUGCUGACCCGUCAGAGGCUUGUGGACGCAGAUGGCAUCAUCAACCCCGGAGCGUUCUACAUCUACCUGACAGCCUGGGUCAGCAAUGACCCGGUGGCGUACGCUGCAUCGCAGGCCAACGUCCGCCCACACCCUCCUGAGUGGCUCCACGACCGCACCGAUUCCAUGCCCGAAACGCGCCUCAGCAUCCCAGCCUCAGAGCCCAUCGAAUACGCACAGUUCCCCUUCUACCUCAACGGGCUCCGAGAGACACCGCAGUUUGUGGAGGCCAUCGAAAGUGUGCGAGCCAUCUGCAGCAACUACAGCCGCCAAGGCCUGCCCUCCUACCCCAACGGCUACCCGUUCCUGUUCUGGGAACAGUACGUUAGUCUGCGCCACUGGCUCCUGCUGUCCAUCAGCGUGGUGCUGGCCUGCACCUUUCUGGUCUGCGGCCUCUUCCUGCUCAACCCGUGGACGGCCGGCAUCAUUGUGCUUGUGCUGUCUCUCAUGACAGUGGAGCUGUUUGGCUUCAUGGGGUUGAUGGGAAUCAAGCUGAGCGCCGUCCCCGUGGUCAUCCUGAUCGCCUCGGUGGGCAUUGGAGUGGAGUUCACCGUCCAUGUGGCACUGGCCUUCCUGACAGCCAUAGGGGACCGUCACAAGCGGGCAGUGCUGGCACUGGAGCACAUGUUUGCGCCGGUGCUCGACGGUGCCUUCUCCACUUUGUUAGGCGUUCUGAUGCUGGCGGGCUCGGAGUUCGACUUCAUUGUCAGGUAUUUCUUUGCAGUAUUGGCCAUCCUUACAGUGCUAGGGGUUCUGAACGGAUUGGUCCUUCUUCCAGUGUUGCUGUCCUACUUUGGGCCCUAUCCUGAGGUGUCUCCAGUGGAUGGCCGCAGCAGGUUACCCACCCCUGAGUCCCCGUCCCACGUGGUCCACUUCUCAGUCCGUCCUCAUCCCACAGCAUCGGCCUCAACCACCUCGGGUGCAGCCUCAGACUCCUCAGAUUCCGAGUACAGCUCCAACAGCAGUGCAUCGGGCGUCAGCCAGGAGCUGCAGAGCUACAGCAUGCCCUCUCAUAGAGGACAAGCUGGAGUGGAGCAGCAGCAGCAGCAGCAGCAGCAAUACCACCUGCACACCACCAGGGGCAGACCAGGCAGGACAGAGGAGGAAAGGAGGGCAGGAUCGAGGCACAGGCGCUCAGCCAGGCAACCCGACCCCCCAGCUUAUAGAGUGUCCUCGUCUCAGGGUUGUAAUGCCGGGCCACCGCCCAGCACCACUCAACAUAACAGGGACCCCAAGGGCCAGCCUUCCCGGCACGCCCAGCCCCCACCCCGCCCGCGCACGGACGCUUUCGAAACCUCGACUGAUGCCGGAGGCCACUUUGCGGCUCACGGCCACAGGGAACACUUGGCGGGCCACCGGGGGCGCGCCCACACUCACCACCACCCCAACCCUUAUGGCCAGCCAAUCACCACGGUGACGGCGUCGGCCUCUGUCACUGUCGCCGUCCACCCCGCCGGCUCCUCUUACCCGGGAUACACUGCAACGGACAGUUACUGCCAGGAGGAGCCCUCCUUCCAGGACCCACAUGUGCCUGUGGACCCCCACGCAGGUGAAACCAAGGUGGAGGCCAUGGAGCUCCAGGAUCUGGAGUUUGAGGCAACUGAAAGCAACAGAGGCAGGCGGGCCAGCUGAGUGGCGCUGUGUGUGCGUGUCAUGGCCAAAGAUGGACUUUCUUCUUUUGUAAAGCUACGCCUGGCACACCUGGGUCCAGCCUGUCUCGCCUCUGGUCCUCAUCAGCCUCCAGUGUUCCUGUCAUGGUGCUCAUUGUCGCUGUAACCCAGUUGUCUCUUGUCUUAAAUAUAUGUUCGUCUAUAUUUAAAAAGUUGUAUACAUAUGCACAUAUGAACAAAAACAAAGUAGCUAUAACAGACUGGGGCUGCCAUUUUUGAUGGCGCGCAUGUGUGUGUGUGUGUGUGUGUGUGUGUGUAUUUGUGAGUGAGAGAGAGAGAGAUGUUCAUUUACUGUUCACUCGUCUGAUUCAUUUGAACAAAACAUGUCCCUGCUCACAAUAUGUUGACAUCAUCGUACAAUAUGAACUAUGCAAAUGUAGAAAGGAGUGUGUGUGUGUGUGUGUGUGUAUAUAUAUAAAGUGAUACAAUGUCAUGGAACAUACUAGGGAUGGGCACUAUUGGGGGUGGGUGAAAGGCAAAGUUGUUGAAAUAAAAUUAAACUUAAAAAAAAACAGCAAAAUGUAAAGAGAAGAAGCCAAAAUAUAUUAAAUAAAGCUACUGAUAACUAAUCAAAGUUUUGUCUUUAAAUAUAUAUACUUUCUUUAGCCUUUUUAUAAAAUUUUCAAAUAUUAAAGUGGUGCCCCGCAUCCUUUGAUUUUCAGUAUACGGCCCUCGGUGGAAACAUUUUGGACACCCCUCCCUUUGGACUAUUUUAAGCUGAAUCAACAGUGCCUCUGCUGGUCACAGCCAAGUACUGCACCCCUCAACUGCUUCAAUUCCACACCAAAUUCUGAACAAAUGAUGAAUCCAUCAGCGUGCCCAUCCCUAGAUCAUAAAUCCGAACCAUCCUGGCCUAACUUUUACGCUCAUUUUAAACGAUGACGGACAUUGUUAACUUAAGUGUGUGCAUGUGUGUAUAUAAAGGUGUGUGAUGAUGACUGUACAAAGGUACGCAUGGUAAAAUAUCACAAACCUGUGGUAGUUUUGUAACAAUAACUGUUUUAACUCAACACGCUAUGCGUGCUAUUUAAGACGAGCAGAUACAGUAUGAAGACUUUUUCCUUUUCUUUUUUCUUUUUUUUUUAAAUUAAGCUGUUUGUUUUUAAAGUCACUGCCUCUGCAUUGGCACCUGUUAGUGCACUCAGCUUUAUAUAAAUGUGUUAGUGUUUCUUGUUCUGUGUUGUUUAACCGUAGCAGGCUAAAAAAAAAAAAAAAAAACAGGUUUUAUCCACCUCAGAAACUUCUGGAACAGGGUCCACGUGUGUGGCUCUGCGUCUAGCGGAUAAGCUAACCACAUACUGUACAAGUGGACGCAACGUGGCACUUGACUUCAACUCACAGGAACGUCGCUCCCCCUCACGUAGCUCUUUUUUUCUGGUUCUCACCAACCGAUAAGCUAGCUAACCCAUAUAGCCUGCUGACGGCUAAAUGCUACAUGACCAUACCGUCCUCCGUCUUUCUUUGUGUCCUUAGUCCUUUUGAAGUGACAGUAACACAACUGGCGUUCGGCUUGAGUUGUCCCCCACUAAUUCGCCACAUGUUAGCGCUAUGAUGCUAACUGGACACACACUUCCUACAAAUGCCAAAUGACAUAGCCCUUCACUUCCUGUUUAAUCAGUGUCACUUCCCGUCACAUGAGCUGCUUGCAUGAAAUAGGGUGGUUUUUUGUUUUGUUUCGUUUUCUCCACUUGUCAUAUUGGCAUUACUGGAGAGAAUCCUAGCUGGCAACUAUUUUAUUCAAUUUUAAAUAUUUUUUGGUUUUCAACACUCAAUUGCGAUAUUUAUAUUUUUGUAAUAUAAGGUGUUUUUUUGUCAUUAUUGUUGUGAUGCCAGUGGAUAACAAAUGCAGGGAUUUUUAUUGAAAAAAAACACUAUUACAGUUUAAUGUUUUGUCAUUAAUGGAGUUUUGAUCUGUAUAAAGUGCUUACUAAUGUUAAAUAGGAGAAAAGAUUAUAUAACAUUUUACACUACAGGUCUCAUCAUAGCUCUUAGAGGAUUCUUAAAAGGAAAAUGGAAAAAAAAACAACAGAUCAGUGAUUCUUCCAGUCGGUGGGCAUGGAUGUAUGCUGUUUUUCAGUUACAAAGAUAAAUGUAUGCCAUAUAAUUUAUUUAUAUGAAAAUUUAUUUUUGUAGUGUACAUAGUAGUUGUCAAGGCUAUUUGACAGAAGUAUAUUUUAAAGAGUUUAUAUGUAAUGAUAUUACAGUACCAUAACGGGAAAGGAGAUUUUUGUUUUUGUUUUUGUUUGUUUGUUUGUUUUUAAAGGUGCACACUUUUGAUUUGAAACCGUCUUGUGAGACAACGUCAACACCUCCCCUUCAGUAUUACACAGCUGUUUGUGUGCCCGUCAAAGUAGGACAUUGUACUAGCUCGCAAAAAUAUUCAACAUGUUCAAACACUGAUAGAAUUCUAACAAAUAAUAAAAAAAAUAUAACUUAUUUGUGUCUUUGUUCAUAACUUUAAUUAAAAAACACAAUUGCAAACAAGUUAUUUGUGUGUGUGUCUUCUUUUAUUUCAUGGUGCAGAAAGGUGCAGACAAAAGUGAAGGCAGCAUGAGCCACAAACAAGCGGCAAAUGACGGCCUGCCAAAGCAUCUUUUGGCAGGAAAGGUUGAAUUUUGUGAUGAAAACUGAUAUGACAGCUGGAUAAUGAUGCUAAACAUACUCUAAACUGGAUUUUUUUUUAGUGCUUCGUUUUUUUUAUUACAGCGUACGAAUGCUGAUACAGGCCGAGCCUGGCCCUUUAAGAAGAAAUUGCAUAGUGGGAACUUGA